UUUUUAGAAAAGAGGAACGCUUAUGUAAUUUGGUGAAAAUUGGAUUCCCGCACAAUAACCAUGGGCUGCACAUGGUUCGGUUCGCUGCCACACCUCCAAGCCAAAAACCAUAAAUCAAGCUCAGCCUAGGCUCACCAUAGUGCCUUGUGAAAAUAAUCCGUCAUACCACAUCUAAAGCCCCGUGUACAUUAACCAACUUAGACUCUCAAAUCUGGAGCCGAGCGAAGAAUGUUCCCAAAUCCUCACUAAAACCCUAAUUUCCUCCACCGUAAGCGCAGCAACUCUGUUCCUCCUCCAUGGAUCCCGACACCUCUCCUUCUUCAUCUUCAUCAUCACCGGUAGUGUCAUACCUCAUCAAUUCGUGUGGAUUAUCAGAAGAUCGAGCUGUGAGUAUUCGUAAGAAAUUACCAUUGACAACCACCACAUCAUAUCUAGAGACCAUAGUAACCACACUUGAAUCACACGGAUUCACUAAACCCCAUAUCUCCAAAAUCAUCAUCAAGACACCAGGAUUUCUUGAACCUGGUAGAUGUGGUCAUCUCGAACAAAAACUCGAUUAUUUCAUGUCGAAAGAGAUCUCUAGUGUUGAAUUUGUCAAGUACUUAACAAGUAGCCCAGAAAUCCUAAUCAGAGGGUUGAAGGGCAAAAUCAUUCCGUUGUUCGAUUUCAUCAGGAGCAUCGUUGGUACCGAUAGAGACACAUUUAAGGUCAUCGGAAACACAUUUAACGAUAUGAGGUGUUUACAAGUAGAAUUAAUUCAGGAAAGGAUAUCCGGCAAUGUACAGGUUUUGAGAGAUGAAGGUAUCCCAGAAAGGAUUAUAUUGAAUUUUUUGACUCAAUUACCAAAGGUAUGUUUGAUUAGCACUGAUAAAUUUAAAGAGCGUGUACAAGAUGUUAAAGAUAUGGGUGUUGAUUCACAUAAAACUCCAUCUGGAUUUGUUAGUUGGAUUAGAAUGUUGGUAUUUUGCUCGAAAACUACGUUGGAAGCUAAAAUGAAUGUACUCAGGAAAUGGGGUUGGCCGGAAGACCAACUUCAGGAUGCAGUUAUGAAAUAUCCUGGAUUUAUGUCGAGAUCUGUCGCCAAAAUUGAGUCUAUACUUGAUUACCUUGUGACUCAGAUGGGUUAUAGUAUAUCGAGUUUUCUUAAGCAUCUAGGAGUUUUUAGUUAUAGCUUGGAGAAGAGAAUUAUACCAAGGAUUUCUGUUCACAAAAUUUUAAUCUCCAAAGGUUUGAUCAAGCAUGACGGUAGGCUGGGGGGAGUUUUAACUAUCAGGGAGGAGAUGUUCUUGAAGAAGUUUGUGAUGCCGUAUAAAGUAGAAGCUCCUGAGCUGUUGCAGAUUUAUAACCAGCCAUCUAUUGGGCGUGUCAUGGGGGACUCACAGAGUGAAGAAGUAACAAUUUUAAAAGAAAGGGAGACAGAGAGUGUAGGAGCUCUACCAGAGGUAGCAAAACUGGUUGACGAAAAUGACGCUGGCAAACCUAAGAAGAAAGCUUCGUUAAGUGAUCUUGUGGAAUCAGAGGAAGAGUUGGAUAAGGAAAAAGAACCAAUGAAAGCCAGAAAGCCUAGGAAGAUUUUGAAAACGUCAGAGAAAAAGGUGGAUAAAGUACAAGGUGGUGCUGCGAAAGAGAAAGAAGGUCACCAUAACAUAGAAUUUGACGAGGAAAAGAAGGAUAAGUCCAAGGAAGAAGAAGAAACUGUUGUUGUCCCUAUUGUAGAAGGUAGUCUUGCAAGUGGGCUUAAGAGGAAAGUUACUUUAGAUAAGGAGGAAUAUCCGAAGAAAGUCAAAAAGCCUAGGAAGGUUUUGAAAAAGUCUAAGGAAAAAGUGGAGGAAGUGCAAGGUGAUGCUGCAAAGAAGGAAGAAGAGGAUAAGUCUAAGGAGGAAGAGGGGAUUGUUGUUGUUCCCAUGGUGAAAGAAUCGAAGAAUGGCAAAAGGUCUAAGAAGAAGUUUGUGAACAAGGAUGAUGCAGAAACUCCUGAACUGUUGCAGAUUUAUAACCAGGCAUCUAUUACGUGUGUUAUGGAGGACUCACAGAGUGAAGAAGUAACAAAUUGUCCAGAAAGGGCGGUAGAGAGUGUAGCAGCUCUGCCGAAGGUAGCAAAGCUGGUUCAUGAAAAUGACGCUGGUAAACCUAAGAAGAAAGCUUCAUCAAGUGAUCUUGCGGAAUCAGAGGAAGAGUUGGAGAAGGAAAAAGAAUUAAUGAAAGCCAGAAAGCCAAGAAAGAUUUUGAGAAAGUCAGAGAAAAAGGUGGAUAAUGAACAAGUUGGUGCUACGAAGAAGGAGAAAGGAGAUCACCAUAACAUAGAAUAUGAUGAGGAAGAGAAUGAUAAGUCUAAGGAAGAAGAAGAAAUUGUUGUUGGCCCUAUUGUUGGGAAAGUAUUAGAAGGUAAUCUUGCAAGUGGGCUUAAGAGGAAAGUUGCUUUAGAUAAGGAGGAAGAUUCGAAGAAAGUCAAAAAGCCUAGGAAGGUUUUGAAAAAGUCUAAGAAAAAAGUAGAGGAAAUGCAAGGUGAUGCUGCGAAGAAGGAAGAAGAGGAUAAGUCUAAGGAGGAAGAGGAGAUUGUUGUUGUUCCUAUGGUGGAAGAGUCGAAGAUUGCUAAAAGGCCUAAGAAGGAGUUUUUUAACAAGGAUGAUGUAGAGACUCCUGAACUGUUGCAGGUAUCCAAUAUGCGUGCCAAUGAGGACUCACAAAGCGAAGAAGUAACUUUCUGUCCAGAAACGGCUUCAGAGAGUGUAGCGCCUCUGCCAAAGGUAGCAGAAGUUGUUGACAAGAAUCAAGUUGGCAAACUAAAGAAGAAAGCUUCAUCAAGUGAUCUUGUGGAACAAGAAGAAGAGUUGGAGAAGGGAGAAGAAUCGAAGACAGCCAAAAAGCCUAGGAAGAUUCUGAAAAGGUCAAAGAAAAAAGUGGAGGAACUGCAAGGGGGUACUGCAAUAAAGGAGAAUAGAUGUCAUCCAAAUACAGAAUUUGAUGAAGAAGAGAAGGAUAAGUGUGAGGAAGAAAAAGAGAUUGUUGCUGUCCCUAUGGGCGGGAUAGUAUUAGAAGGUAGUCAAGUAAGUGCGCUUAAGAGGGAAAUAACUUUAGAUACAGGGGAAGAUUUUAAGAAAAUCAAAAAGCCAAAGAAGGUUUUGAAAAAGUCCAAGAAAAAAUCAGAGGAAGUGCUAGGUGAUGCUGGGAAGAAGGAAAAAGAGGGUACUGCAAUAAAGGAGAAAAGAUGUCAUCCAAAUACAGAAUUUGAUGAAGAAGUGUGAGGAAGAAAAAGAGAUUGUUGCUGUCCCUAUGGGCGGGAGAGUAUUAGAAGGUAGUCAAGUAAGUGCGCUUAAGAGGAAAAUAACUUUAGAUACAGGGGAAGAUUUUAAGAAAAUCAAAAAGCCAAAGAAGGUUUUG